AUCUAAUUUUGUUGUUACAGAAAUAGAGGGCCCGCUCUGCUACCUAUCGCGUUAGCAAGUUUCCUGUUCGACGUCCUAGUUUUAUCUGCGACUGACAAGGAAAACAAGCACCCAGCGAGACAACCUUCAGACGAAGCUUUAGGCUUCGAGGCAGCAGUGGCUGCUCUGGGUCUAAAGGCGAACGUAUCUGAGGCAGAACACCCUUUACUAUGCGAGGGCACGAGACGCCAACGCGGGGAACUGGCUUUAACCCUGCUGGCUUUCUAUAAGGAUGACUCGGUCAAGUUGGCCAGGAUCAUGAACAAGCUCCUGGACCGCGACAUCCACCAGCUGACGAAGGGCCCCAUGGUGAGCGUGUACUACACCAACAACCCGCGCCUGGCCGCCUACCGCGACCAGCACCCGCACCCGCAUCCGCACCCGCACCCGCAUCCGGCCGCGCCCGCGCCCGCGCCGCCGCCGCCGGUAAGUGAACCACAACAGGGAACUUCGCCACCCUACUACCUAGCCCCAAAAUGCAUAUAUGGAAGAGACACGUUUAUGGUGUAGACCAGGAUCUCUAAAAGAGCAGACUAGAGCAGAGAGAAUUAUUAGACCGCGGUUUGACGUCGGAUCUUUGUAGUAGGGCUCCCAGGCUUCAGGAAACCCGAUGUUGCCAAGCUGAAUAGUCGUACCGUUACCCUUGAAUUCCCUUACAAUUAUCAUACAUUCACUGCCCAAAUAAUCACAUUUUUCAC